AUGAACAGAUUACGAUCCAGAGCCACAAUACCGGAUUCUGAGGACUCACAAUUCAGUGAUACGUCAUUUCAAAACCCCUCAGGUCUCCGUCGAUCAACGCGAUCGAGUCGAUCGGGACCCCUGCGAGCAGGUGGGUCAUCCCUUUCAGAGUCUCGGCCCCAGCGCGUCAUACAAGAUUCCGAGACCGAUGAGGAUGACGAUCCAUCGAAUGUGGCAACUCCUGAAGAAUGGGCAUCAGGAAAGCCUGCAGUGGUGGUCCCAGUAAAGAACACCUCGCCAAGUGACUCGGUAGGAAACCAGUCCACCUACAGUACACCAGCCACGAGCGUCGGGCCUACUACAGACACCGAUUCCAAGGCCCCUCGUACCGAUGCUUCUCAACGCGCCAAGAAGCUACAGUCGAGCGCGUUAGCCAAGGGACCAGCAGAUAUAAACGAUCGGGCGGCAGAUUCAUCGACUGAUGACGAUGUCUCUGACCAACCACUGGCUAAGAGAAGGCCAACCAAACAAUCUGCGGCUACAUCUUCCAACGCGAAGGCGCCAGCCCGGGUGAAUGCCACUCAACGCGCAAAAAACCUACAGUCCAGCACAUUGGGCCUGGCAAAGAGAGGUACCAAGCGACACGCAGCUAAUCUAACCGAUGAUGAUGCGUCAGAUGCUCCAUUGGCCAAGAAAAGAGCGACCAAAAGAUCCGCUGCAAAGUCGACUGCCCCUGACACCGAUGCCUUGGAUGCCGCGCUUGCUCGUUCCCUCCAGAUGGAGGAAUACGGGCAACAGCCCGCUAAAGGGCCGAAACAGUCAGCCAGUUCCAUGUCUGACUCGGAGUUGGACAGCGAUCUGGAUGACCUAGAUUCAGUAGCAUCGGGCCAGGGCCUGCGGUACCUGCCGUCACUGGGGUAUGCAUCGACCAGUAGCUCGGAUUUCGAAGACUGGCAAACGGACGCGGAACUUGCUUCUACUCGACCUGCUCCUCGACCUGCUCCUCGGCCUACUCCUCGGCGACCUCGGCCUGCUGGUCGGUCUACUGCACGGAGAACCAGCGUCCCUGAAAGUGAUCACGGGUCAGAUGAAGAUUUACCUCCUAGUUGGGAAGAGCAGCGGAAGGCCAAACGUGCAGAUGCAGACCGCAAGAAGCUUGAAAAGAAACAUCCAGUUCUCAGCACCAUGUGGGACCUCCUCAAAGCACAGUCUGUCCUACCAGCAGAGGCAGCCAAACAACCAGCGUCGAUCACUCGUAAACUUAAACCCUUCCAGUUGGAGGGAUUGAGCUGGAUGAUCCGGCAAGAACAAACCGAGUAUCGCGGUGGUUUGCUAGGUGACGAGAUGGGCAUGGGCAAGACCAUCCAAGCAGUGUCGCUCAUCAUGUCUGAUUAUCCUAAGCCGGACCCCACGCUCGUGCUUGUGCCCCCGGUAGCUCUGAUGCAGUGGGUUGCCGAGAUCAAGGCAUACACUGAUGGCAAACUCAAAGUAUUGGUCUACCACAAUUCUGACCCCAAGAUCAGAAAGAAAAGGGCUUUGUUCGCGGGCAGAAUAUUGUCAAGUCUAACAGUGUAA